AUGUCUGUGGCGACCGUGUUGCAGUCGACGAGGGCUGUGCUGUCCUCCAAGGGAAAGGCAGCAAGCAAGAGAUGGUUGGAAGCAAGCUUUCCCAAAUGUGUGAUUCCGAUAUCGCCAAGGUCGCCCAGUUUCAAGUUCGAUCACGUUCUGUUCGAUAUGAACGACAUGCUUCAUACCUGCGCUCGCAACUGCAAGAACUCGAGCGCUGUCUGCAAGAGAGUUUUCAGACAAGUGGAUUCGUAUCUGCGGAUUUUCACGCCAGGAAAAAGUGUGGUGUUAUGCUUUGAUGGCCCUGGACCCAUCGCCAAGAUACCGAAGCAAGUUGAGAGCAGAGAGAAGAGGACGAAAGUGGCGUCAAGUACACUCGACAGCAUUGACAUCACCCCUGGGACUCGAUUCAUGUCUGAGGUGCGCGAGCUCUGCUUCGCUCACGUUGUGCAAAGUCUGGAGCAAAGGGGGGGAUAUCGAGACAUUUCUUUCUACUUGUCUUGCUCAGAUGUGGCGGGAGAAGGCGAGCUGAAGCUGGUCGAGUGGAUUCAUACGUUUGUGGAAUCAGCAAGUAAAGAUAGGAUCCUCUUCAUAGGCGGAGACUCGGACUUGACGAUCCAGUCCCUCGCACUAAGAGGCCAUUCUCAGCGUAUAAAGCCGAUGCAUUUCAUUUCCCUGUCGGAGUUGAAGAAGGAGCUGGAAACCAUCUUCCCGGAUCACAGCGAUAUCAUCCGAUUUGAUCUCUUGCUGCUGAUUAUCUUCAACGGAAACGACUACCUUCCGCCCCUAAAACAUUUCAACCUGCAGGUGUCCUUUGAGGUUUACACCUUGAUGAAAUCUCAAGAGAAGUUCAGAUCGCGAUUCCUCCUGGAUGGACGAGAGAAGACGUUUGACUAUGAAUUUCUAGCAGAGUUUUUGAAACAGGUCGACGCACGUCUUAAGACCUGGAAGAUCUCGAAUCCCAUUGUUGAGCUUCAUCAAUACGUGCAAGAAGGCUCCUUGGAAUACUCUGUUGAAGACUUGCAAUUCGAGUUCUCCCAAGAGAUUCGUGAGGAGCAUUCUGCCAGCAUUGACAAACAUCAGAAGGAUUUCGUGGAUCUGUUGACUAAUCACCGGAAAGGAACAAGCAUUCCAAAACGUUAUGAACCUCCUGAAAUGAUAGAACGCUAUUUGAAAGGAGUACUCUGGAAUAUCAAGAUGUACAUAGAUGGAUUCGUGCCAGACUUCGAAUUCAUGUAUUCAUUCAAGAAAGGACCGAGUUCUUCUUCCGUCGUCAACUGGAUUGAGUCCAAGGUCAAACCCUCGUUGAAGGCGGAGAGCUCAAACAGUCGACCGCUAGCUCCAGCUGAAUUGUGCCUUGCGGUGACCCCUGUGCGAGCCGCAGAUCGUCUGCCCUUGCAGUACCGCAACAUUCUUCUAGAUGAGACGUGUCAAUUUCACAGGCACUUCAAGGCGAAAGAUGCGCUGUUUCAACCUCAUCUCUUUUUGCCACUCCUUCGAAAAGAGCUCACCAGGAUUGAUCCGAAUCUCAUGACGGAUGAGGAGAAGUUUAUCGUAGCAAUGAACUCUGCAUGGACUUUGCUGUUUCACGUUCGAAAUCGUCACAUGGAAAGUUACUUGCAGCAGGGAUUCUGGGAGGGGAGGAAGAAUACAGAAUGGAGUAACAGACCUCUGCCUUUUCAAAACCUUACAGAAGCCAAGCUGAUGCUCCUCGACCACGUCAAGAAAGCUGUACAGGAGACUGCUAAGAAAGAGUGUAUCAGGUUUGUGCAAAUUCCUUCUAGGAUGCAUUCUCCCGAGCUACGAUGGCCGACGAUGAGACCCAAGAGCAAAAUCGCGCGCGAGACGAUAGCAGACUCGGCAAGCUCAAGAGAGACUUUGACCCGUCGACAGGGUUCACGGGACGUGCCUUCCCGUCCUCCGCCCUCCAAGUUGAACUUGAAACAGUCAGAGAAGGCUCUGAGGUGA